GCCUCAGCACCCUUUCCUGUGUGCGGCGUCCAUUCGGCGUAAAGCCGAGCAUGCGCAUGCACCCAUGCGCAUAUAUAUAUAUAUAUAUAUAUACAUGUAUAUAUACAUAUAUAUGUAUGUAUACAUUCGUGUGUGUGAGUGUGUACAUGUAUUGGGGUAUGUGUAUGAGGUGGAGAAGGGGACAGAUUGAGAGAUGGACAGGGGACGCGGGGAAGGGAGGCUUGUUGUCUGAAGAGAAGAACAGUUGUUUUUUUCUGCAUCUUUGGGUGGCGUAAGGAAAUGGGCGAACGCGAAUGAGCUCGCCUUCGCUCGUCGAGGUAAGGAGAAGUGCAUGCGUAGACGCGUACCUUGCCUGCAGGCGUGGAGAGUCCUCUCGAGUGUAGCGACUCAAAGAUCCACUUUGGCCAUUCCAGUUUUUGACAGUCGUUUCUGUCGCUCUUGUGUUCGCGUUUUCCUUGUUCUAGAUAUCAAGCCUUGUGCUGUUUCUCUGUAUAGCAAAUGUUCUGCGGGAAGGCGCUUCGGUACAUUGUCGAAAUCCCGGACCUUUGACGUAGUGCCAUCCGUGCAGCCGGCACAUGCACAUGCAUCUCAUGCAUCUCAUGCAUACAUCUACAUAUAUAUAUAUAUAUACAUAUAUAUACAUACAUGCAUAUGUGUGUGUACGGAUUUUGGGAGUAUGUACAUGGUUUUCGUGUUCUUUCAGAUCUCUAUACGUCUAGAUGUGGGUAUACAUGUGCAUACAGAUAUAAGUUUGUGUACUCUAUAUGCAUUUGUACAUUUAUACGGAAAUAGAUGUGAGGAUUUCGAUGUGGGUACCCGAACGUGGAGAGUCGCUUUGGACAAGGGAGGCUCGUAGACUGCUGGAUUCGAGAGACGAAGCAAUGCAUGCAUGUAGACUUCAUUUGCGGGGCUGCAUACGCCGGGGCGAGAAGAAAGCAGAGUCGUCAACGCUGGGGAAAGACACCUUGCGUCAAAAAAACGUAAAAGGAGAAGCGAGUUCCCUCACGCCGAAAAGACAGAAAGAGACAGAGGACAAAAUAGUUGAAUGAGAGGACGAGAGAGGAGAGAAAAGAGGGGGUUGAGGAGAGAGAGAGGAGAUCGGAAGAGAGAGAACAGAGUUCGAAGAGAAGAGAAGACAGAGGUUGAAGCGAACAAGAGAAGACAGAGGUCGAAGCGAAGAAGAGAGGGAGAAGGGGAAGAGGAGAGGAAGGACGCGUGCAGGAUUCUGGAUCUCGAGCGUGGAGAACGUUUUAACAGUCCGGAAGAACGCGAGAUCAGGCACAGAAGGGCCGAGACAAAAUGAGGAAAUGCAUCACAGUGUAUGUUUUUGGCUGAAGUGAAGGUGGAAAGAAGGGAAGGAGAUAAAAAGGAAAGGGUAUUCCAAGCGUAAGGGGAGAGAAAAAAUUUAUGCUGAAAUGGAGACCUGGGUGGAGGCAGAAACGAGGCAAAGCAAGUGAAAUGCUGAAAUGGAGACUGUGUGCGUUUCUUUCCAAUCUGGACACAGUAAACUCUUUUCCUCUUCCACUUGGCAAAGUCGUCCUUCGUCUCCUUCAACAUCUGUAGAAGCAAAAGACGUCUCUCUGCCAACGCACCCCGCUGUCUUCUUGUUCACCUCUUGCCGCGCCUCUCUCUUCGUGUUCUCUUUUUCCUCGUGCUUCUCCUUCCGCUUCGUUUCUUUUCUCUCUUCUCUCUUCUUUCCGCCAGUUCCGUCCUCAGUCUCUGCUUUAAUCGUUAGUGUGUGCCACCCUCGUUUCCUUUCUUUCAAGUCUCAGAAUGAAAAGCAAACGAUGGCGACUUCGGAAUUAUUGAAAUCCGAGUGCGCGGAA